AUGGUUGCUGUUGUAGUGGAGAAUUUUCUCCGUAUCUGUCGCCUUUCGAAAGACAUCAGUCUGGAGGACUCCGUCUUCCUGCCUCGAUGCCUGGACGUCGGAGAAAGGGAGCACUCCGUCUUCUUCUUCCUGCAUGGUAAAUUGAUUUGUGGGAAAACCGAGUCCAAUCCUCUUAGCGCGCUUUAAUGGUUUCCAAAAAAUCCACAGGCCAAACGUUCCCCUACGUCCUAUUAUGGCGCUGAAAGCCACGCCUACAUACGAACUGUCUAAUUGGAUCGCCAAACAUUUACUUUGUUAUUAAUUAAAUAUAAUUACACCAAAUAUGAUUAGAACAUAUUAAAUUUAUGUUCUAAAUUAAUGAUUAUAAAUUGCAAAUAUUUCUUAAUUAUUACUACGAUAAUUGCAAAUAGAUAAUUAUUAUUUUAUUUGUGAACAUAUAGCAGAUUAUCUAUUAUUAAUGACUACAUGCAUUAAUAUACUUAUUUUAAGUUUUAUUAUAAGAUUUUUAAUACGAAAAUAAAUAUGAUAAUGAUUAGUUAUUCAAUAAAGUUUUUUACCAAUUAAUUAAAAUUAAAAUAAUUAAAAUAAUUAAUUAUUCUAAUUCUACGGUUUAUUACGGUGUAUAUUUAUUGUAAUUGUGAAUCUAAAUUUGCUAAAAUUGUUUUAAAUAGAAUCAUAGUUAAUAAAACAAACAGUAAGUAAACUAUUAUGUAAACGUGAAUAUAUUCAGCGCAAUGUCAUUUCUAGAUUAUGCUAAAUGUUGAUAGUUAACAUAAAUAAUAUAAGUCGUAUUAAAUUAAUUUUAAGAUAGAUAUGGAUUAUUCAUUUAUAUAUUAAAUGUUAAUAAUCAAACAAAAUAAACAAUUAUUAUUUAUUAAUUAUAAUAUAUCUAUUUAUUGUAUAAUAUGAAUUUCAACUAGAAAACAUAUAAGUAUAAUCAAAACAUUAUACGAUUAUUAAAAUAAUUACAAUAAAUAAUAAAAUGGUUAAUCAAAUAAUUAACAAUUAAUAAAUAGUAAUUAAUUUUAAAUAUAAACUUAUAAUAAUUAAUAAUUAUGAAUGUCACUUAUAAGCCCCUUUAAAAUUUCUCCAAUAAUUAUUUUAAUAUACGUUUAAUAAUUCUCGGUAAAAUUAGAGACUCACGAAUUUUAAUUAAGUUAUAAUUAAGAUAAUGAUAAAAAUUAGUUAUCAUAUUUCGAAUAUGUUAGAAUGGUUACACAUUUUAUUCAUAAUUAUAAUAAAAUUUUUAUCCCCAAUUAAUAACUAAUUAUAUGUAUACUUAUUAAAUUAGUGUUUAAUAUAAAUAUCGUACUAUGGUACUAUAUAUUUCUAUCAUUAAUACCAAUGUAUAUAUAAAAGAAUAAUUCAAAUUUAAAUUCUCAAUGAAUUAAAAAUAAUUUACAGUGUGCCUCACCACCGCCUUCUAUACAACCUCAGCCGUGUAGGAGUUCGAGGUAAGCUUCUGAUAUGGAUUCGAAUAUUUUUACUCGGCCGCUCUCAAACCGUCCACGUCAGUGACCAGCAAUCUGCCGAGGUUGCGGUUAGGAGUGGUGUUCUCCAAGGCUGUGUUCUUGGCUCUACACUGUUCCUCGUAUACGUCAACGACUGCGCAAACGAACUGGAUUGCGAUGUAGCAGUGUUUGCCGAUGAGAUAAAGAUCUGGAGCACCGUGCGAAGCGAAGUUUACGAGGUGCGACUGCAUACAAAUCUGGACCACCUCGAGCAAUGGUCGGAAGACUGGCUUCUACUGUUCAACGUAAACAAGUGCAACUUCCUACGCGUCGUCAGAAUCAGUUCUCCUAACCGCACGGUCUACCGUCUGACUGGCAAACCACUGCAAAAAGUCGACGCCCAGAAGGACUUGGGUGUAUGGAGUACAACCUCGCUUAAGUCUUCGCUGCAAUGUUCAAAGGUGGCCAAGUCGGCGAUGUCCAUUCUAUACCUGGUCAAACGGGCGUUUUCCUCCUUUGAUGAAGACUGCUUCGCCAAGGUCUUUCAAACUUCUGUGCGACCGCAUCUGGAGUUUGCUAUCCAAGCAUGGUGA